GCUAGCCAUAUUUGUACUCUCGUUCCAAGUUUGGUGCGGUGUUUUGUAUGGUUUGAUUUUAAGAAUGAAUCCGGCUGAUUUACUCUCUGCUGCAAAGUCUGGAACAACCAGCAGCAUAUUAGAAUUCUUAAGGAAACCAGUUGUAAUACUAAGACUUGGUGCUGUACUAGCUGCAAUAAUAGCUUUUGGAUCGAUUUCGUCUGGAUGUCAUACUCAUCAAGGUGUUUGUAUUUUUGGGGCUACAUCAAGUGCUUGUAAUUUCCCAGUUGCUGUUGGUGUUUUCGCUUUCCUCGGAUCAGUUGUUUUCCUUGCAAGCGAUUUUAUGUUCAAUUCAAUUUCAAAUCUUAAAAGACGAAAAAUUGUGAUAAUUGGUGAUUUAGCCUUCUCAGGUUUAUGGACAUUCCUAUGGUUUGUUAGUUUUUGUCUACUUGCAAAUAAAUGGACAAAUACAUCUGAUGAAUGGUUGAGUCAACAUAAAGUUGAAGGAUGGCAAGAGAGUAAUGCUCGUUCAGCUAUCGCUUUUGCUUUUCUGUCAAUUGCAAUUUGGGGUGGGAUUACAUUCUUUGCAUUGCAACGAUUUCGACUUGGUCAAGUUAAUCUGAAUGCUGAAGAUGAAUUAGGUGGUGGACCUGGUUCAACUAUGGAUCCAAAUGCUGGUAUUCCAGGUCAAACAUAUCCUGGCAUGAAUGAUCCAAUGAGUCAACAGCAGCAACAACAACAGCAACCGUAUGGUGGAAAUAUUCAACAGCCGCCUAUGGGUGGUGCCGGAGGUGGUCAGUAUUACGGACCGACGUAUUAGGAUUAAAAUCUGCAAUAAUAAUGUGUAGACAAAAAAAAGACAAAAUAUGUGAUGAAAACAACAAAUAAAAGUGAUACUAUCUAUCUAUCUAUCUAUCCUCUGAUGUCAUCUUAUUGUAGUUUGAAAGCCGGAAUGCUGCAUUUUCAUUGUAUCCUUUCUGUUUUUAUCGUUGUUGUCUUCGUCGUUUUCGGUGUCGUCACACAUCAUUCCAUUAAUUAUUAUUAUUAUUAUUGCUAUCGUUAUUUUAUUAAUACUAUUACCUUGAUCACUGUUAUUAUUAUUAUUAUUUUGAUUUUAUAUUAUUAGUUUCUAUCCUGCUAACUUUCUGUCCUAUCAUGAUAUUAAUUACGAGAUCUGCGCAUAUUAUAUAUAUAGCGAUAUAUAUACAUAUAUAUAUACAUUUACAAACAUCAGUUUCUAGGAUCGAGACGACUAGGUUAUGAGCUUAUAUUGUGUGUAUGAUCCUAUGAUCCAAAUUAGUUGUUAAUUGUUUUUUUUUGUUUGUUUGUGAAAGCUGUGAUUUUAAUCAUUUAUAAUUUUCUUCACUGAAACAUUCCUUCCCCAUUUGACACACACACACACACUGUGACGCAAUAUUGUUUGUGCAUUUAUAGCUGAAAUACUCCUCAUGAAUAUUUACAUAUAUCUGUCUAUCGAUCUAUCUAUCUCUUGUAAUCCUGUUGUUCCCAUUUGGUCAACAUGCUUCUUCUAGUCGUAUUUGAAUUGAACUUAGCAUAAUACAUGAAUAUAUAAAUCUUAUAUUUAUACAUAUAUAUAUAUAUAUAUA